UGUAAUUCGAACACACGGAACGAACUGUCGCGUUGGUAACAGUCGACGCUUUUGGACAGGUGCGCGUAAGUGUAAACAUGCCUCCAAAAAAGGGUAAAAAGGGCAAGAAAGGUAAAAAGGGCAAGAAGGGAAAGAAGGGCGGUAAGGGAGCAGAAGAUGGUGGUGGAGAAGGAGGAGAGGGCGGAGCCGGUGAACCUUCGGAAAAGGAAUCCUUGUUGAGAAAUGAGCUGGAGAAAGUUACAUUGGAGUUAGAUACUGCAAAGAAGAAUGUAGAAGAAUUACGUAAGGAGAAUGAGUGGCUGCAGCAAGAAGCCCAGAAUGUCAGAGUUGAAAGUCAUGAGUACAUGAGCUACAUGGAGAAGAAGACAACAAAACGUCAAACAACGAUCAUCACUCUGAGUGAUCACAACAAGCAUGAGAUAAGAAACAUCCAGCUACAGCAAGAGAUUAUGGAGGAGGAGUUUAAUGAUAAAGAAAAUGAAUUGAAGAAAAUGCUACUUGAAAAACAGAACCUUCUCACUAAAACCACACAGGAACUCGGUGAACUGGGCUCAUAUAAGAAACUGCAAACAGAGCAGCUGAACUCUAUCAAGAACUUGGAGAAAGAAGUGAUGAAACUGCGCUCGAAACACUCAGAGACCAUCCAGCAACUGAAGUCACAGUUUUUGAGGGAUAAGCGGGAAUACCAGCAAGACUCCGAGAACAAGAUUAGCACCCUCCAGCGCAAAGCAAAUAAGGAAGCCAUCAUGUGCCUCACCGACCAUACAAACAACAUCAAACUCGAGAACAGACAAUUAAGGAAGGAAUUACUAGAACUUAUCCAUAAAACUCGUGCGCUACAGGACCACAAACUAGAACUCGAGGACCAAAGACGUCAGCUCAUCCGGGAACAACAGUACAGUGAGGACUUGAAAAAAUUGCGUACCACCCGACAGCACAAAGUGUUUAAAUCCUUCGGAAUGUUGGGGGAGGGGGAUAAUCCCGAGGAUGAUCAGUCUGUGACAGGGUCCGCGCAAUCUUAAGCUAUAUCUUUGAACCUAUUGUGGGUAAUGCAAUUGCCUGAACUACAAAUUUGAGAUAAUUAAAGUAAUGUUUGUUCGUUUGUUUUCAUCUGCUGUUUAUCUACGGAUCGUAAUCUGCUAAGCCUAAAUUUGAAAAUAAAAAUGAACUUACAAAGUGCAAAAUAUAAUAAUUACCAUUGAAUUGCAUUUAAUCAAACGAGGUUAAAAAUAAUUGGUUUAUUAUAUAUUGUGUAUACGUCUAUGUGUUAAAUAUGUUAUGUAUUUUCAAACCUUAAAACAAAUAGAUUGUGUAUUAAAAAUGUUUACUUGUA